ACUCUAUUUUGAGGCGAGUGGUGCGUCGGAAAGAUUGUCCGAAAAACAGCAGUGUGCACUCCUGCUACACAGCGUGGGUGAUGAGGGCCUCGUGGUAUACAACACAAUCGAAAAUAAAGAGAAACUGACAUAUCAAGAAAUACUGAAAAAAUUGGAAGAACACUGUAGUCCACCGAGUAACGAAACAUACAAUAGACACAUAUUUUUCAACAGGAAGCAAAAAACAGGUGAAAACAUAGAAGAUUUCGUGACUGCACUCAAAAAACUUAGCUUAGACUGCAAUUUCGAAAAACUCAAAGAUGGACUAAUUAGGGAUCAGAUUAUAAUAGGAUUAAUUGACAACGAACUGAAGGAAGACUUACUCAGUGUAACAGAUUUGACUUUGGAAAGAUGUAUCAAUAUGAGCAGAGCGGCUGAAACUACAAAAGCUCAAAUGGACAACAUUAAGAACAAAAAUGAAGUAGCAAGAAUAGAAGUGGGAGCGGGACAAAGAAGAACCAUGAAAAAGGAGCACUCUAGUGAUAAAAGGCAGCCCUCCAGGAGCAGAACAAGAGACCAGUCAUAUAGCAGACAGCAGGGUCAAGCGCACACCAGGGACCAUUCGUAUGGUAGACAGCAGGGUCAAGCGAACACCAGACGACCUUGUGGCAAGUGUGGCAGACAACACGGAUAUGCAAAGUGCCCAGCAUUCAACAAGAAGUGUGUGAAGUGCGGCAAAUACAACCAUUUUGCGGCUAUGUGCCUAAACAAAAACUGUGGCUCUGUCUAGGUGAACUUCCAUAUGAAUACAAAAUAAAAUUACAAGACAAUAAUAUACCAAUUGCUGAGCGACCCCGGAAAAUACCAUUUCAAUUAGAAGGAAAAGCUAAAACUGAGCUGGACAAACUGGAGCAGGCAGGUGUUAUAAGAAAAGUUAGUGAGCCAACGGAAUGGGUAAAUUCAAUGGUAGUUACAAAGAAACCAUGUGGUAAUAUAAGAAUUUGCUUAGAUCCUCAAAAUUUAAAUAAAUACAUAAUUAGAGAACGGUAUAAAAUGAGCACUUUUGAGGAAUUAGUAGCCAAAAUGCCUUCUGCUAAAUACUUUAGUGUCUUAGAUGCAUCAAAGGGAUUUUACAUGAUUAAAUUAAGUGAGGACAGUCAGUUAUAUACAACAUUUAAUGCUGGUAACUUUGGUAGAUAUUGUUACAAACGCUUACCCUUCGGUUUGAAUUCAGCUCCGGAAGUAUUCAGUAAAUAUUUUGCAGAAAUUUUCAAAGACAUUACAGGAGUAGAACAGUAUGUUGAUGAGCUUA